GUAGUAGAACCUCUGUAUCCGGAUGAAACCGACUGACUUUGUUCUGUUCAGAUUCUGUAUAAUUUUUACUCCGGAUUUAUCUAUUAUUAACUCAGUGAUGCUAAAGUUAGCUUAGCUCUCUAGCUGCUAACCGACCUGUCAGUGUGUGGAGACGAACUGUUUCUGACGGAGUUUGUGUGAAGAAAAGGUGAAAAAUGGCCCAAAAAGUGCAGAUUUUGAGGUCACUUGUGGAGCAGAGACUAACUGCAGCUGCUGAAGAGAUAUUUGGGCUCUUUGAAAGAACCAUAGUAGAGUAUGAGGAGGAACUUUGUCGAACUAAAGAAGAAAACCAGAGACAAAGACAAAUACUGGACUGUGUUUGGAAUCCGAGAGUCCUGAUACACAAAACAGACAUCCAGCAGCACUUGGUGGUUAAAGAAGAGGUUCCUCCUGAGCAGCAGGAGUGGAAUCCCAUUGUAGACCAGGAGGAACCAGAACCAGAGCCCCCACACAUCAAAGAGGAACAGGAGGAAUUAUGGACUAGCCAGGAAGUGAAUAUCACCAAGUUCCCAUCCACUCCUGUCCCUGUGAAGAGUGAAGAUGAUGGCUUUAAUCAAACACAAACUGUGGAGACCAAAAUGGAAGCAAAUAAAGUGGACUGUGGAGGAUCAGAACCAGCCAGCAGCUUCCAUCCACAUAGAAAUUUACAAACAAAAACCAAAGAGCAGAAUGAAGACUCUGAGGAAACCGAGGACAGCGAUGAAGACCAGAUCCUGAACCACAAACCUGAGUCAAAGCUUCCAACAAACAGCUCAACUGAACAGACAGAAACAGAAACUGAUGGAGAUGACAGCGGAGGAUCAGAGCCGGACAUUAACCUGGUCCAAAUGGAGAGCGUAAAGAGAACCUCAGACAGUAAGAGUUUACUGGAGGAACACAUGGACACUCACACAGGACAAAAACUGGUUGGUUCUUCUGAAUGUGAAGCAACAUUUUCUCAGAAGAAAAACACGACACAGGAAACAGACUCACCCAGAGACAUAAUGAUGAAUAAUGACUUGACUCGAAGUGAUGUGGGAUGUGAAAAGAAACGCUACCAUUGCUCUGUGUGCUCGAAAACAUUUGCUCGAAAAUCAUAUUUAAAAAUCCAUAUGAGAAUCCACACUGGAGAGAAGCCAUUUUGUUGUUCAAUUUGUGGAAGCACAUUCACCUCCAAGUCAACUUUACGCAGUCACAUGAUGUUACACACAGGAGAAAAACCAUUCAAAUGUUCACUGUGUCACAAAUGUUUUAGACACAAAAGUGAGGUCAGGAGACACAUGACAAUACACACAGGAGAGAGACCUUUUAGCUGUUCAGAAUGCAGUAAAAGUUUUACUCAGAAGAUAGAUUGGGAGCGUCACACGAUGCUCCACACUGGAGAGAGACCUUUCAGCUGUGUAGUUUGUCAGAAACGCUUCACACGUAAACAUCAUCUUCAGACACAUAUGAAGAUCCACACAAGAGAAUACAGCCGCAGAAAAAAUUAUUAGACCACCCUUGUUUUCUUCAAUUUCUUGUUCAUUUUAAUGCCUGGUACAACUGAAGGUACAUUUGUUUGGACAAAUAUAAUGAUAAUAACUAA